ACAAUCUCUACUCGGAGAUAACACGCAAGCACGCUCCCACACAUUGGGGACAUACACAUACGUGUCGCUUCUUUUGUCCAUCCACAUGCUGCGCAUUUAUGAACAUCAAUAAGGUCGUUUAAACAUCUCAGAAGCCACCUUUCCUAUAAGACCAACCCUUGUCAACCCAAACCCUCAGUUGAGGUGAUUGCGUGGGUAAACUGAACACUCGCUAACUGUAGUUUAAAACCGGAUAUUAUUUAUCCGACAUGGAAAAUAUGGAAGCGAAAACCGAAGAUUUUAUUCCACCUUCUGAGAACAUUUAUGAUAAUGGUUUCGAUAUGAAGCCGGAUUCUGGUAAAGUAUAUCUAAAAGUAAAUGGCAAAGAGGAAAACUACGUUAAUGGCAAAGAGGACAACUACGUUAAUGGCAAACUUUGUGACACCGAGGACAACGCCGAACAUCAAGUGAAAAUUGAAGUGGAGAAAAGGACUUUAUUCUACAGAGUUAGCGAAUCUCCACCAAUUCAUCUAAGCUUUUUGUUUGCUCUACAGCAAAGUGUGGUGUCCAUUCCAAAAUGUCUCUUCAUAGUUGCACUUAUUGCGGAACUAACUUGUGCAAGGGAUGUCGAAUACUUUAAGGCACAGAUGUUCUCAACAACAGUUUUUCUAGCCGGAAUCUGUACAUUCUGUCAGUGUACCUUUGGAGUAAGAUUACCAGUCUACCAAGGACCGAUGUCACAGUAUGUCCUACCACUGAUGGCCUUGAAGGCACUUCCGGACUGGCAGUGUCCUAGUAUUUAUACAUACUACCAAGGGGACGAUGCUAAUGGAACUAUUGGAAAUAUGUCUUUGAUGAAUAUAUCAACUGGAAUUAUUGACUCUGAACAGCCGUCAUAUGAAGAUGUUCACGUAUUACCGAAAAUACGACUAUUCCAGGGAAGCCUGCUCCUAGCUGGGUUUAUCCACAUGCUAAUAGGAUUAACAGGUGUCCUGGGAUACCUGAUGCGUUACGUUGGUCCGAUAACUGUUGUACCAACACUCCUCCUAGUUUCUAUAAAAUACGCUAGUGUACUAGUCAAGUUCUGUGAGUCCUCCUGGAUUGUAUCAUUCGCGACAUUAUGUCCAUGUAUAAUAUUGGCCAUGUAUUUAGAUGGCAAGAAAAUGCCGAUACCAGUUUGGAGACCUGGAAAAGGGUUUGAAAUCAUACAUUAUCCCUUACAUCAGGUUUUGUCCAUCCUCAUUGGUAUAGCCAUCGGCUGGUCAAUCGCUGGUAUACUGACCGUCACCAAUUUCCUGAGUGCUGAUAAGGACAGCGUGGAAUUCUAUUCGCGGACGGACACUCGUCAACACGUCAUUGCCUCAGCUCCGUGGUUCUACGUCCCUUAUCCGGGACAGUUUGGACCGUGCUCAUUUAGCGGUGGCAUUUUCAUUACUUUUCUGGUACCUACAAUAGUUUCUGUAAUUGAUUCAAUUGCUGAUUACUACGCAUGUGCUAGGACCGUAAAGGUACCGCCCCCUCCUGCGCACGCAAUCAAUAGAGGCAUAGCAUUAGAAGGAUUGUUCAGUAGCGUAGCUGGGUUAUUUGGUGCCGGGCACGCAACCACCACGUAUGGAGGAAACAUAGGCAUUAUCGGAAUGACAAAGGUUGCAAGCAGAAGAGUAUUUCAGGUGUUUGGAGCUCAGAUGGUUUUCGUCGCCAUCAUUGGCAAAUUCACUGCCUUUUUCGUGACAGUUCCAUACGCUGUUCUCGGAGCAACGAACAUUAUUGGUGGCGGAGCCUUCAUUGGCCUUGUCUUCUCCAACCUCUGUUAUGUAGAUAUCAAGUCAACGAGAAAUAUGACAAUUAUCGGGAUUGCCAUCAUGCUAGGCCUGAUGAUUCCAAUAUGGUCUGAGGAAAAUAUCCACGUAUUUGAUACUGGUAUACAAGAACUAACAAACACAGUGCGAAUACUUAUGACAAGUCCAAACUUUGCUGGAAUGGUUAUAGCAUGCUUCCUUGACAACACUGUACCAGGUACUAUGAAGGAGAGGGGCAUGAUAGCCUGGUUAGCCGGAGGAGAUGAAGAGGACAUCAGUGAACAAGAUUAUGAAGAAGGGGUAGAAUUGUACGAAAUUCCAGCUCUAACGAAAAUACUGAGGCAAUUUAGGAUAUCGAAGUAUAUUCCAAUUUUUCCAACGUUUAGAAAAAUGGACUAGGAAAAUUGCCAUUCCUUCGUGAUGCCAAUGACUUUCUUAUGGGUCGAUGAGGUCUCUCCUACUACAAAUAUCUAUAAAUGGAUAACACUGUUUAUUCUAGGAAAGAACAUUGACUUCGUUUCUCUACUUUUUUAUGUGAUUUAGAUCGUAAUGGCUGAAACCGCUAAGUUUUACUCAAGAGCAAGAUCACCGUUUUUAACAAUAAACGAACGUUAUAAUGGACCUAGGUUAUUUUCAAAAAAAUAAAGAGAGUUGGGUUACA